AGGUGGAGUUGUGGGUGACAUUUCGGCUGACAAACCUUCGGCCUGCCCCCGUGCGUCUGACGUCAUUGACGUCGAACGGGACUGUUUGUUCUGGAUUUGGGGCGAGGAAGGUCUGCGAGCGCUGACAACCGACUGAAGAAGCGUGUCACUGACAAACGUCCAGUGUUACCUUCUGGAAAUCACCACCUCACCAACUGAGAUAUGAUGACACAAUUGGAUUAGACCACAGCUGCACAGCAACAAACAUGUGAGUCUAUAGAUAAUUAUUUGUCUUCUUAAUAUUUAAAUGUUUCAGAAUUAACCAUUUGGUCUGCUAGGUCCUUGAUAAUACAAAUAUUGAGCUCACCAAUGGCAAAUAUUGGUCUUUUCACACUUUUCAGCCUCAGUUCCUAAAGUAAAAUGCUGUCAUUAAUUUGUAGAAAAGGUCAUUAUCCUCUUGCAUCAGCUUAUACCAUACAGUAUAAGGCCAAAGUAAAAUAACCUGCGUUUGUCAGUACGUCUGACAAAACAUGCAACACAGUCACUUUCGUUUGUCGUUUUCCACCCAGGAGCAUUGUUGCUUCCACGAAAAUAGAAAGCCCCUCUUUGUUUUUGUAGCCUUGUAUGUUUCUUUCACGGACAUUUUUUUUCAAGUACCGGUAAGUAUGACAAUGUACAGUAUGUAGGAAUCGCUUUUUUGUUUGCCACCGAUAUCGAUUGCUGAUCUUUGAGCCGUACACGGCCGAUACCAGUCGUUUUUUGCAGCUGGUUUAGCAGUAUUAAAAAAUCAAGUACUGGAAUACCUUGUAAAUAGCCCCUUUUUUAUUAACAGAGUGCUUUAAAAUGUCCUUGAAAUUCAAAUGAGCCACAUGCUGUCUUAUAUUUUGACCAAAGUUUUGUUCAUCAAGUCGUUAUAAUUAAAUUGUUCAGAAUCAGAAAUCACUCAGCUUUUAAUUUUUUUAAAUUCUGACCCAUCACCAGCUCUCCCUCUCCUUUCUUCCUUGCCUCGAUGAACCCAUUACCGAACACUAAAUAUGCCAGGGAAGUGUAGAUUUAAUACAGCAUGGCUGGAAAUUGAUCUUUUAUACCAACUGCUGACUCCUCACUCCUUACUGGCCGCAAGCGAACAAUAACUGCUAGGCAAAAACAAGGCUUACCUAGUCUGUUGCAGGCCACAUUUCGGACUUUGUCGUGGCUCAAAAACUGACAUCCAUAGAAACGUUUGGUUUCGACUUGAACCGGAGCAUCUGUAGAUUACUUACAUACCUGAUAUGUUAUGACCCACUGCAGUUAGACAUGAUAUGAGAUGAAUAAAUCACCGUUUUCGUUAGCUUCGCCGCCAUCAUGACUGGAAAGGAGCCAGCUGUAUGUUGCCGCUAUGCGUCUGCACAGUCGCCAUAUUGGAGAGGUCAAGAUCCGCUAGUAAACAUACAAAAAUACAAUGUGCGUCCUCGAUCGGUUUUCGUGAUCAGUGACUAGAAAGCAUUAAUCCUGAUCUCCCGAUAUUUUUACUGAAUAUCGGCCGAUAACGAUUGGCGUCCGAUCAAUUUGGGCAUCUCUUACAGUAUGUGCAGUAUAUAGUGCCGCACUCUUAUACUGAUGUCAAUAAAGUGUUCAAGUCAAGUCUGUGGAUAGUCAUCUUAUAUACCAAGUCCUCCGGUCAUAUGAAGUUAAAACAGUAUGUAUGAUGGAUGAAUGAUGCAAGGGUGGGAAAGACUGUGUAUGAGUCGCCCUGCAUAAACUUUUACUGGCCCUGGGCCAUCGAUCAUGUUAUUUCUAGUAGCUUCAGACUAGCUUUGCAACUUGAGUCAACCAAUGAAAUACAAUGCUAUUUCUUGUAAACCAUAAUAUUUUGUGUUUUUGGAAGCUUCAUGCUGUACCUAAUGUCUUGUAGCUUAAGUAAAUGCUGGGCAGGGCUAGUAGAAGUGUAGAAAUCUGUAAUGUGUUUACAUUUUCCUAUUCCACUUCUACCUGAUGAGGCAGAAAGGCUGCAGGCAAACAGUCUUUAUUUGAUCUUAAGCCAUGAGUCAAUAUUUAUGUUUGACAUCUAACAGGUUGUAGUUGGUCUGUAAUGCACACACUUGCUUUUGUUGAUUGUCCUUCCAGAGAGUCGAGUGAGAAGUGUAAUGGCCUGAGGGGGUUCCCCCCGGUCCCACCUGCCCCUGCCAGGUCCAAUCUGCCUAAACUGUCUGCUAAGCCACUGCAACCCACCACUGCGAUGGGAGACGGACUGGAGCCAGGCAGCAGCCACAACCCUCCCUCUGCCCCAGUGCCUCUCCCCUUCAACCCUCCACCCCCUGAAACAUGGAACCCCUCCAGACCCAAACGACAGACCAACCAGCUACAGUUCCUGCUUAAAGAGGUGUUGAAGACAUUAUGGAAACACAACUUUGCGUGGCCCUUCCAAGCUCCUGUAGAUGCCAUCAAACUCGGUUUGCCUGACUACUAUAAGAUCAUCAAGAUCCCUAUGGACAUGGGCACGAUUAAAAAACGUCUGGAGAACAACUACUACUGGAAUGCCCAGGAGUGUAUCCAAGACUUCAACACAAUGUUCACAAACUGUUACAUCUACAACAAGCCUGGGGAUGACAUUGUCCUAAUGGCGGAGGCCUUGGAAAAGGUAUUUCUCCAUAAGAUCACAGAGAUGCCGCAGGAAGAAAAGGAGAUAGCUGUUGUCACCAAGGGACGCAGAGGGAGCAGGCGAGAGCCAGCUCUGAUCACUAAGUCAGAUUCAGGCCAAGACUCAUCAUCCCCCUCUACCACCCCACACACACGAGGCUUCUCAUCCCCUUCAACCACCCCGCAGACCCGUGCCCCACCUGCCCCUCAAGCCCCUCCUGCCCUGCCCCUUUCCCAGCCUCUGGCCCUGCCCCUAUCCCAGCCUCUGGCCCUGCCCUUGUCCCAGCCUCUGGCCCUGCCCCUGUCCCAGCCUCAGCCCCCACGUGUGCCUCCUACGCCCACCUCCCACGCACCCCAUUUGGGACCUCCAUUCCCCCUCUCAACACCUGACGUCCUGGCCCAGGGCAUGACCUCUGUUCCCCCUCCAGCCCCGACACACCCAGGCCUCCAUCCCACCCCGAAGCUGCAGAGCUCCCCUGCCCUCAUCAAGCAAAGGAAGAGCCAGAAGAGGAAAGCAGACACCACCACACCCACAGCCAAUGACCAGCUCAGUGAAUCAUCUCCUGUCUCUGCUGAGAUUCGGCCACGCCGAGAGAGCAGUCGCCCUUCUAAGCAACCCAAAAAAGAAGUGUUGCAGCCCGAUUCUCAGCAUCACCUAGGAGGCGGUUUGGAGACUGGAGGGACGGUUACGCAUAAUCGGCAGGACCAGUUGCGUUCCUGCGCACGCCUCGUCAGAGAGAUGCUGUCUAAGAAACAUGUCUCAUAUGCCUGGCCCUUCUACAAGCCUGUUGAUGUAAAAGCUCUUGGCCUCCACGACUACCAUGACAUCAUCAAGCACCCCAUGGAUCUCAGCACCAUCAAGAAAAAGCUGGACAACAGACAGUACAGAGACGCGCAAGAAUUUGCUGCAGACGUCCGGUUAAUGUUCUCCAACUGUUACAAGUACAAUCCCCCAGACCAUGAUGUGGUUGGCAUGGCACGCAAAUUACAGGACGUGUUUGAGAUGCGUUUUGCCAAAAUGCCUGAUGAGCCAGAGGAGCCCGCCCCUGUUCCCACCCCGUCAUCGGCCCUCCACCCUGCCCCCUCCACUCGACAAGCCCUGCCUCCUUCUGCUGUCUCGGAAGACGGUAGCUCCAGUUCCUCCGAAUCCGAGUCCUCUGGAGGAGACUCAGAACAAGAAAGGCAACAGCGAUUGGCUGAGUUACAGGAACAGCUUAAAGCUGUCCAUGAACAGCUGGCAGCACUCUCCCAGCCCCAAGUCAUCAAGCCCAAGAAGAAAGAGAGGGAGAAGAAAGAGAAGAAGAAAGAAAAGCACAAAAAGAAGAUGGGAGCAGAGGAAACUGUGGAGACCCCUCCCUCUGUGAUGCUUCAGACUUCUAAGAAAAACAAGAGCAGCAAGGAGCCAAUCAUUGCAAAGAAGGACAGGAAAAAGCCUGGUAAGAAAGAAGGAGUUAAAAAUAGCCGCCCAGCUGUGCCACCUCAGCCUGGGCCAACCCCUCUCGUCCCCUCGGCCUCUCUUGAAGCAGAGGAUGACAUGGAUGUAUUCGGGGGCGUGUCGACCGACAGGUGCAAGCCGAUGUCAUACGAGGAGAAACGGCAGCUGAGCCUGGACAUCAACAAGUUGCCCGGUGACAAACUCGGCCGCGUCGUGCACAUAAUCCAAACGCGUGAACCUUCGCUGAAGAACUCCAACCCGGACGAGAUCGAGAUUGACUUUGAGACGCUGAAGCCCUCCACGCUGAGAGAGCUAGAGAAGUACGUCUCCAGCUGCCUCAGGAAGAAGAAAAAGCCGUCAGUAGAGAAAACUCUGGAAACAACAAAUGUGACAAAGAUGAAGACAGGAUCCUCAUCUUCAGACAGCAGUGACUCCUCUGAUAGUGAAGACUCUGAGAAUGGGCUGGUUCCCAAGCAGCAGAAGAAGACCUCUACUAACAAAGACACCAAGAGACCGCACCACCAGUCCCUCAGUAGCGGAGCGGGCCCAGUCGUUCCCCAGCCUCAAAUUCAGCCUCAAAUUCAGCCUCAGAUUCAGCCUCAAGUGGUCCAGUCCAAACCACCAUUUGUCCCCCCUGCGCCUAUAACCGUCUCUGUCCCGUCUCUGGACUCCUCCCAGCUGUUGGGCUCUGGAUUUGAUCCUCUGGCUCACUUUAUGAACCCUCACCUGACACAGUCGAACAGUGAGCCCAAUCCAACCAUUACUACUGCCGGUGCCCCCAUCGUGUCUGGCCUCCUCAACGCAAACACACCCACUGGCCAGACUCCCACUGAGACGCACCCUUUCCUAAACCAACAUCCCAUCAUACCUUCACCAGCGAUCCACAAUGCUCUUCCCCAGCAACCAUCAAGACCUAGUAACCGAGCAGCUCCACUUCCUCCAAAAAUCCCACAGCCUCCCCCGUCCUCACUCCCCUCCCUGCCUCCAUCCCCGUCACCCCAGCUUCAGCCCUCGCUUCCACUCCCUCUACCUCAGCCUGUCCCCCGCCCCCGCGUCCCUUCACCCCCAUCGCACGGCAUCUUGGGUACCCUCUCGGCACAACCUCCCCAAGCCCUCCUUGAGGACGACGAAGAGCCGACGCCCGCCAGUUCUGAAAUCCUGCCCCUCAGUCAAGUUCACACCUUCUUGCAGUCGCUCCAGGCUCGACCCACCAUGCAGCCACAGCCGCUACAUGCGCACACACAUUCGCCCGUGCAGGGCGGCUCUCAGCUGGUUCCGUCGAUGCACACGCAGCCUGUGACAACGUCCAGCCCCGCCCUAACACAGAGACACAGCUCAGGCCACGCGCACAUGCGGCAGCCGUUCCCACAUACGCACACGUCAAUGUCACAGCAGCAGAAGGGGGUGGCCCUGCAGCAGAAGGUACAACAGAUGCAGCAACAUCAACAACAGCCAUCACCACGCAGCAAAGCAGAGCCUUUCUCAACAGGUUGCCUGCGUGAGAGCCCUUCUCCCCUGAUGAUCUAUUCUCCUCAGAUGCCUCACUUCCAUACAAUGGGACAGCAGUCACCCUCACAGACAAAGAAACAUGAGCAGAGGUCCAACAUGGUGGUGGUCAAAAAAGAGAAGCCUUCCCUGUCACCAGUUCUGCCCCCCUCGCCCUUCAGCCCUGUCAUGCGUCAAGACACGCACAAACCCGACAGCAAACACAGAUUAGAUCUGAAGUCAUUGGAUGGUUCUCGCCCCGUUUCCCGCCUCCCAGACUCCCCAGCACCACCCUGCUCCCAGCAAGACAACAAAAUCAAGCAAGAGCCCAAGACUCCUAUCGCUCCCAAGAAGACACAGGAUGUGAAGUUAAAGAACAUGGGUUCUUGGGCCAGCCUGGCUCAGAGGUCCCAGUCCACCCCAGCCUCCUCCGUGCGCUCCUCCAGCGACAGCUUCGAACAGUUCAGACGGGCCGCCAGGGAGAAGGAGGAGCGAGAGAGACAGCUGAAAGCACAGGCUGAACAGGCCAGGAGAGAGCAGGAGAAGCUACGCCGUGACGACGACGACACCAUGGAGCAGACUCGUCGAGUGCAAGAAGAUGCCCGCCGUCGCCAGGAGCAACAGUCACCGCUUGCUCCCACACCUCCAGCUUCCACCCCGCCCACUCACUCCCCACAGGCCCCACCCCCACAACCACAAGCCCCACCCCCGUCCUCCACAGCUACACAGAACGCUCUCGACCAGAGGGAGAUGGCACGCCGCCGCGAGCAGGAGAGGCGCAGGAGAGAGGCGAUGGCUGACACCAUUGACAUCAACUUCCAGAGCGACCUGAUGGCCAUUUUUGAAGAGAAUCUGUUCUGAGAGGGAAAAAGCAGAUGAUGGGAGUGAGAGAAAGACACACAAGCAAAUUCACAAACAUGCAUAUAACCACAAUGCUCUGAUACACAUGGUCGCUGCUCACACAAAUGCACACACACAUACACAGACUUGAUAGUAACUGUCCCUUUCUCUCAGUAGUUGAAACAGCUGGCUUGUGUCAUGUGAAUGAGAGGGGGGGAAGUGAAAUUGAAUUAAGCAACCCUCUUUUCCUCCAACCUCAGAUACGUUUUGGUGUCUGGCUUGGUGUUUAUGGGUGUUGGUUCUGGGUCUCCAGAGUCAACAGGUCAAAAACGGACAGUGAAAUAAUCAUAGUCGGCUCCCUCAAGGAAAACAAGAAAGGCAGAAUGAGAAGGAGGGGUCGGAACUUUUACGUUUAAAAAAAAUUAUGGCGGUGAAGAGGAUGAGUUUAAUUUAAGAAAUUAUGUGAAAAACCUUAUUCUCUUAUGUCUGAGAGGAGAGAUGGGGGGUUUAAAAGGAACGGGUGAACAAAUUACAAACGGACAGAUCACUUUGUUUUAGUUUUUUCCUCUCUCCUAAUCGCGUCUCUUUUUUUAAUUUUAUUUUAAGUUGGAUUUUAACUGGGAGGGGUGGGCUGGUUUUGGUCUAGUUUGUCAGGUUCAGCGGUCAUCUGAGAGUCGGUUGUUUUCUCAGGACAGUGGGAACGCAACACCCCAGCCACAUUCACACACUUUUCUAAGACAUCCUUCCUCCCUUCACUUCCUUCUAAUUCUCUCUCUUCAGUCACUAAUUGGAGAGGUGGAGGCUUCAGUGAUGCUCGGUCUUUGUGCACGUUGAACAUCCGAGGGCAAUGAGGAAGGAACGAUGGCAUUUUAAAAGUUUCCGUGUGUGUCCUUUGCCUUAGCGCUCUGGCCUGUAAACUAACAAUCAUACCCUACAAAUUAUACAUAUUAUAUAUAAAUAGAUACAUGAAUAUAUAUUAUAUACGACGAAAAGUCAAUGAAAAAGAACAUGAGAGGAAUUUGGAUUUCGGGGAGCAAAGCUCAUCUCUGUGUUCACCUUUGAGCUCUGGUUUUGAUUUUGUAGAAUUUACUGUAAAGAAGAAAAAAAACUUUUUUAUGAUUCUAUUGAGAGGAUUGUUCGUCUGUCUUAUUCUCUCAUACAUUUUCUUUUUGUUUGGGUUUUUUUUUUUUUCUCGACUCUAUGCCAAAACCAAUCUAUUGAGUGCUGAAAGUUCAUUCACAUUUUUUACAUGUAAGAUGCAUCUUCUUUUCACUUUAUAUUAAAGGCUGUUUUUAUUGCUAUUUAAUUUUCCUUUAUCCUCCUUUUAAAAAAAGUUAUGCAGCAGUUUUCUCUGUAAAAGUGUGAAGAAGCGGUUCCAAAAUCACUGUAUGUCUCUACUUUACUAGGCCCCAUCAUUCUGUAGCUGUUCAAUAUCUGCACUUGACUUGUCAUUACUUACAUCUUCUCUUUUUUUUUAUUUUUUUUUAUUAUUUCAUCAUGUACAUGUUUUUAGUCUUUCUUAGCCGUCUCGUCCACCACUAUCUUCCUCACAGCUUCGACAGUCUGUAUAAUAGAUUCUUGUUUGUCAUCCAGUGUUAGUUUUUAUUUUUAAAAUGUUUUCAUCGUCCAUGAUAACUGUUUUGGGAUGUCGUGUGCCAUUGUGUUUUUCUGGAAGCGGGAGGUUUUCCUGGUUUCCUUAGGAUGGCCCAGAGAUCUGUGAGUGUUUUUGAUUCUAUAAUCACUUUCUUUAUGUUUCAUUUCUUUUCCCUUCUCAUAUUUGAUUGUUUUGAGUUUAUUUUGUUUUCUUUUCCCUUUGCUAUUUUUCUCUGAUUUAUUUUAUCCAGAACAACCCGUUGGUAUGUUGGUGAGUGAGGCAUUGAGGUCAAUAGAUUCAUCUUGUUCAGAUUAUGGAGUACAGCAUCUUUUUUUAAGAAAAGUAUUAAAAUAAUAUUUUAAAAAAUCUUUAAAAA